GAUGAGCCCGUCGGGCGCUGACGCGAACGCAGUCUGGCGAGAAUGCCGCGAUCAGAGGCCCGCCACUGCGGGUGCGGGGAGGCCGGGCGCGUGAGAGCCGGGUCCGCGGGCCGCUGAGCCGCCGGCCAUGGAGGACGAGCAGCCCGACAGCUUGGAGGGCUGGGUGCCGGUCCGCGAGGACCUCUUCGCCGAGCCCGAGCAGCACCAGCUACGCUUCCUUGUGGCCUGGAACGACACGGAGGGCAAGUUCGCGGUGACCUGUCACGACCGCACGGCGCAGCGGCGGCGGCGCGAGGGGAGCCGGCCCGAGCCAGAGUCCGAGUCCGAGCCGGCCGCGUCCCCCCCGAGCUGGGCGGGCCUGCUCUCGGCCGCCGGGCUCCGCGGCGCUCACCGGCAGCUGGCGGCGCUGUGGCCGCCGCUGGACGGCGGCGCGCCCGACUGCGAGAGCCUGCGCGACUUCCGGGAACGGACCCUGCGCGCGCGGUGGACCGCGGCGGGCGCGCGGCUGCACCAGGUUCUUCAGGGGCAUGAUAAAGCCCACACGAUGGUAGCACUAAUGAAUGUUUAUCAAGAGGAAGAUGAAGCAUACCAGGAAUUAGUUACUGGGGCAACUAUGUUCUUCCAGUAUUUACUGAAGCCAUUUAGGGAUAUGAGAGAAGUUGCAACUUUAUGUAAGCUUGGUAUUUUGAAAUCCUUGGAUGAGGAUGAUUUGGGUCCAAAGAGGAUAGUUGCCUUGCAGAAGGAAGCCAAAGAAUGGACCCAACAGGCUGAUGUAGCUGUAGUCUCUAUUCAGGACAUUACAGUGAAUUAUUUUAAAGAAACAGUAAAAGCGUUAGCAGGAAUGCAGAAACAAAUGGAACAGGACAAGAAGAGAUUUGGCCAGGCUUCCUGGGCCACAGCAACUCCCAGGUUAGAAAAACUCAAGUUGAUGUUAGCCCGAGAGUCUCUGCAGCUCAUGAGAGCCAGAGAGUUGUGUUUAAAUCACAAAAGAGCUGAAAUUCAGAGAAAGAUGGAAGAUCUUCCAGAACAAGAAAAAAAUAUAGAUGUUGUAGAUGAAUUAGAAAUACAAUAUUAUGAAGUCCAAUUAGAGCUGUAUGAGGUUAAAUUCGAGAUACUAAAAUAUGAAGAAAUACUGCUUAUAACACAGUUGGACUCAAUUAAAAGGCUUAUCAAAGAUAAAGAGGAGGAAGUUGUCUAUUACGACCCGUGUGAAAGUCCAGAGGAGCUGGGAAACCUGGAUGGUGUGACGGGGCUGCCGGGGGACCAGAGCGUGGAGGUGAGAAGGCUGAGCCGGCAGUGCCAGCGCCUGGAGUCCCAGCGGGGCAGAAUCUGCGCCCGGAGAGCCUGUCUCAGGAACAGACAGGAUCAAUGCAGAGAGAACCAUCGGCUCCGACUGCAGCUGGCUGAAGAAAGUGUGAAACGUUUUCAUCAGCAUCACAGUAUCCAGGUGAAAAGAGACAAGAUGAAAGAAGAAGAGCAAAAGAAAAAAGAAUGGAUAGACCAGGAGCGCAAAAAAACACUCCAGCGGUUGAGAGCUUUUAAAGAGAGAUGUCCCGGUGGGUCUGCACUAAAGACCCCUCGCUCAGCACCUGCAGCUCCUCGCCUGCCAGGUGCACCUUCUCCGCAGACCUCCCUGACGGCUGCCGAGAGCCAUCCGUCCUCCGCGCCGUUCUCUGAAGUCAGUAACGCGCAGACCCCCGAGGCGACGCAGGGCUCUGGAAAUGCUGUCCAGAGCUCCGUUCCGGUUGGUGACCAAACACACUGCAGAUCCAGCGCGGAACUGUCACCGCCGCCACCCCCGCCGCCGCCCCCACCGCCACCGCCCCUCCCUGCUCGGCCCUUUGCUUAUUCUCAGUCCACGAAUCACCAGAACUCACACUCUCAGACUUCGGUAACCGCCGACAGGCCACUCCCGCUGGUGUGCGAAUCACCCAAGUCGUCGGCUGGAAGAGUGUGUUAUGCCUCAGCCGGUUUCGGAGGCCCAGGAUCUAUGGAUGAAGUGCUGGCCUCCCUAAGGCAUGGCAACAGCCCCCUGCAGAGGGUGGACUUGCCCGCUCCGAGCCCUCCCCACACCUCCUUCAACGAGCAGCUUCUGGCUGCCAUAAGGCGGGGGGUCACGCUGAAGAAAGUUCACUCUGGCGUCGGCCUGAGCCCCAGCAACAAGCCGACCAGCGACCUGGAGAGAAGUAUCAAGGCGGCACUCCAAAGAAUCAAGAGAGUGUCCGUGGACUCGGAGGAGGAGGACAGCGAAGAGCUGGGCCCGGGCGGUGAGUGGGACCACUGAGCGCUCUGCCCUGCCACGGGCUCCCCGCGCUCGAAUGAGGUGACGCAGGCCCAGCGCCCCUGCUCGAAAAGCCUGUGAGCAGGUCGAUCAGCCACGUGACAGCCUGAGAGCCAAGCAGGGCUUUGUGAGAUGUUGGCAGCUUUUCUGGAAUGCCGUGGCUCUUAAAUUCAGGGCAGGAAGUCAAGGGGUGGUGACUUCCACACACCAAAGUGCAGUUGGGUUCUAAGAACCCACAGUGUUACUGGCGUAAGAGAAUAGUAUUUAUUUUUCACCAAGGAUUACCUAGAAUCAUUCCCUUAUUCCAAAAAGAAGUUACAGCACCGUUCAACUACUGACUGUGUCUCCCUGUUCGCGUGGAUUUGUGGUCUCCUCACAGCCAAGGGUUGGAAUGUGAACACGAUUUUAGCAAGAAUCAGAAUAAGCUGCUUAUAGCCAGGAAAUAUUUUAAAUAUUUUAAAUGAAAUAUAUUUUAUGUAUCAAGCACUAUAUAAACUCAUAAUAAAGAACUAUUUAUAAC